UAUAGCCGACCUAGAGGCGGGAUUAAGGGGCGCGCCACUACAGUGACCUCUGUGCUAGAGCAGAGAAGGCGGGUUCGUUGUCUUUCAGUCCGGCAUCGGAAGACAGCAUCGUGAUGCCUUAGACCUGCGAUUCAGGAGUGGAAAGCCCCCUGGUGACUCUGUAUGACUCGGACUGACAGAGCUAGCGCCUGCGGGAAGUGGCCGCGGGGCUGGAUGGGGGCUGCGGCCCGGGUGAGGCGCGGCGAAGGGACCCCGCUGGUGGUGGUCGCUCCCAACUACCUUGUGGGUAUCCAGCGGUGAGUUUCUGCCCGCCACGCGUGUCUCUCCCCACGUGCGGGCCCAGUCGGUUGAGAGUGGCUGGCCGUCUGCCCUCCCAUGCGCUUUCCAGCCUGUCCUGCUGAGGAGGGUUCGGUGCUCCCUGCCCGCUUCCCCGGACGGACCUCUGCGCCCGGUUGAUUGUUUCUUCCUCCUCCUGUCCUGUGUCAUCCUUGGAACUGAACGUCCUGCUCUCCCUUCUCCCAGGAAGAGAUAUUAUUGGACUGGCUUAGCUUUGGGACUCACUCCGGGAAGAUGUCGUCUGGCCUCAGGGGUGUGAGCCUCCCCGCCUGGAAGCGGCACAUCCUGGACGAACUGAGGCAGCGGGACCGGCUGCAGACGCAGGCCUUCGAAGAGAUCAUCUUGCGGUAUAACAAGCUUCUGGAGAAGUCGGAUCUCCAUACAGUGCUGGCUGACAAGCUACAAGCGGAAAAGUAUGACUUGCCAAUCCGGCAUGAGAGCAGUCCAGGACAUGAUGGUGCAAGGAAUGAUGCUCACUUACAGGAAAUAGCCCAGUUAAGAAUCAAACAUCAAGAGGAACUGACUGAGCUGCACAAGAAACGUGGCGAGUUGGCCCAAUCUGUGAUUGAUCUAAACAACCAAAUACAGCAGAAAGAUAGAGAGAUGCAAAUGAAUGAUGCAAAAAUUGUAGAAUAUGUGCAAAAGAUAGCUGAGCUGGAAAUGGAGUGCCAGGAGCUGCGUAACAAGCUACAGGAUCUCGAAAGAGCCAAUCAGACUCUUAAGGAUGAGUAUGAUGCUCUCCAGAUCACCUUUACAGCUCUUGAAGAGAAACUGAGACGAACUACUGAAGAUAACCAAGAGUUGGUAACACGCUGGAUGGCAGAGAAGGCUCAGGAAGCUAAUCGGCUCAAUGCAGAAAAUGAAAAAGAUUCAAGGAGACGACAAGCCAAGCUCCAGAAGGAACUAGCAGAAGCUGCAAAAGAGCCAUUGCCAAUUGAACAGGAUGACGAUAUUGAAGUGCUUACAGAUGAAACCUCCGAUCCAGCUGAGGACACAUCUCCAGUGCGUGCUGUUGGCCGGACCGCUAGUAAGCGACUCUCCCAGCCUGCUGGAGGCCUUCUGGACUCUAUCACUAAUAUCUUUGGUCUGUCUGAGUCUCCCCUUUUGGGACAUCACUCUUCUGAUACUGCCAGGAGGCGCUCUUUGUCCUCAUGUCCUGCUCCUCAAGACAAUGUGGACGUACAUCCAGGUGUAAGCAAAGAGAUGCGAGUCCCUAACACUGCGCUGUAUGUCUUUGAUGCUCAUGAUGGGGAGGUGAAUGCGGUGCAGUUUAGUCCUGGCUCUCGGUUACUGGCAACGGGUGGCUUAGACCGGAGAGUCAAACUCUGGGACGUCUUUGGAGACAAGUGUGAGCUUAAAGGUUCCCUAUCCGGCAGUAAUGCAGGGAUUACGAGCAUAGAAUUCGACAGUGCUGGAUCUUAUCUAUUGGCAGCUUCAAAUGACUUUGCCAGUAGGAUUUGGACCGUAGAUGAUCAUCGGUUACGGCAUACGCUAACAGGGCACAGUGGGAAAGUCUUGUCGGCCAAAUUCCUGUUGGACAAUGCGCGCAUUGUGUCUGGGAGCCACGACAGAACUCUCAAGCUGUGGGACCUGCGCAGUAAAGUCUGUAUAAAGACGGUGUUUGCAGGCUCCAGCUGCAAUGAUCUAGUCUGCACAGAGCAAUGUGUGAUGAGUGGCCACUUUGACAAGAAAAUUCGCUUUUGGGAUAUUAGAACUGAGUGUGUAGUACAAGAGAUGGAACUGCUUGGUAGGAUUACAGCUCUAGACCUCAACCCAGAAAGAACAGAGCUCCUUACGUGUUCCCGAGAUGAUCAGUUGAAGAUUAUUGAUCUACGAGUCAAUGUUAUCAAACAGACUUUCAGUGCCCCGGGGUUUAAAUGUGGAUCUGAUUGGACCAGAGCUGUAUUCAGCCCUGACGGAAACUAUGUGGCAGCUGGCUCAGCAGACGGGUCCCUCCAUGUUUGGAAUGUGCUCACAGGGAAAGUGGAGAGGGUGCUCUCCAAGCAUCACAGCAACUCAAUCAAUGCUGUGGCAUGGUCACCAUCUGGAGCCCACGUGGUCAGUGUGGACAAAGGUAGCAAAGCUGUGCUGUGGUCUGACUUUUGACUUAAAAGCGUAAAAACCAGCAUGCCAAAAACUUGCAUGGGAGGUCGACAGUCUGCAUCUACCUGGACAGGACCAAGGUCCCAAGUCCAGCUCCGGUCACCUGUCUGUCUUUUACUGAGAGCACACGCUUGACUCUAGGCAAGAAUCUCCAAUGCAGCAACCAAGGAAGAAAAGCCCUUCCCAUCUAAAGUACAUUGCUGGCUGGCAUUCAACCUCUGUAACGGACUGGGUGGAGAGCCAAUAUUCUUCAAGAUGCACCACUUACGUACUGGAAAGAGUUCACGCCCCAGACAGCAGUGCCAAACAAUUCCUUAAACCAUUUCCGACAGCACUUCGAGCUUGGGAGUGCUUUAUCAAAGUUCCUGUGUAUCCUGACAUUAUGCAUGUCCUGUCACCUGUGUUCUCUUCUGUGGCUUAGCUAAGAUGUGAGCUGAGGGAUCCCAAAAUAUAGUAAGGGUGGGGUCUCUCUUGUUAACGUACUUGAACGAUAUUGAUGGUUGCCUCCUCGGAGCCUCUAGUCCUUCCUCCAUCGCAGCUCUCUGCAUCGGCUGGGGCUGUACAAAGAGGGAGUUGUCCGUUCUUCAGAGAUGCUGCAUCCUCCAAAGGCUUUCAAGGGAGCAGUGAUACAGGAGCAUUUUAAGUUUUACCCAGUUUGGCUUGGGUUUUAAUUGUGGGUAGAGUGAGAAGUGCUGCUGCUGUGAUGAAGAAUGUAUUACUAGCAUGACUUUAGCACCAAAACCAAAAUAUCAGAUACUUCUGCUGUCCUUCUGUACUGGAGCCUCUCGAGCGCAGAGGAGUGGGGUGGGGGAAACAGAGACCUGAAUGUAAAUGUUCUGGUGCUGGCAAAUCCAGGUCACUUGCCUCCUGAGUAACAUGUGCAAUAUCCUCUUCUGGUGUUGGAGCUCUCCCUUUGCCAGGGUGCAGGCAGGUUGGCCUGUAUCCCCUGGCAUUCUAGUGCACCGCAUGGUUUGAGGGGAGGUAACUGGUGGCACCGAACACUCAUGCAGCCAAGCACUGUUCCACAUCCAGUGGGCCUCGAGACAAACCACCAGCAUUGAAUUGCCUUUUAAUUUGCACUUUACUUUUGCUUCCUUCCUGAGCUUGUUUUGUGGGGAAGAGUGUUUUGUAUUGAAGGACAGAGGUGAGCAAGAAUUUGUUGUGUCUGAGGUUCUCAGUAAUGGGUCCCUCUUUUUUUUUUUUGACAACUUCUGCAGAGGAAAAUGGGAAGUGCACAGGACAAAUCUUAUUUAUUGUAUUAAUCCGCCCACUAGUACUUGACUGAUUACAAAUAAACCUGUGUCCUUCUUCUAAA